ACGAACGCGAACUGCAAGAGAGGCAGACUCCGGAGGGAGGAUUCGGGGAAAGGGGAUUCAUCACAUACCGCCAUCAUAACAUCAUAUCAUAGUAACAGGAUGUGGGUCGAACCCUGUGUGCGGAUUCGAGGCCUACCGCAGCCCUUUGGCCAAAGGCGUGGUGUACUACAUCCGGCCGGACGGUAGAGCACCUCUACGCUGUCAGCGGUGUUCAGGGCGGCCCCGUGGCUAGGGACCAUUUUGAUACGGACUAGGCUUUCGACAUGACCCUUCUCACAAUGUGCGUGAAAUGGCGGUUCUCGCGAGGGUUCGGUUUCAGAUGUUUGGACGGUGGUUUUGGUGAGGUGGUGAAUCGGGUGGAGGACGAGUUCUUCCGCGGAGCCAACUGUUUAAAGGCUCCAUGCCUGUCUGGUGCGUGUCCGCUAUUGGGUACGGUGUUGUCCUUAUUUUGACGAGUACAAAUGGGGUGCCAUAGCGCACAGUACAGGUACUCGAACGGCCCAGCCUACCGUACCCGUACAUCUGCGCUGUAUUAUAGAUGACUGGGUACGGUGGACAGAACCUUAUCCUGACGCCGAACAUGCAAGCUAUGGUGCCCCUUCCAGUCGGAAGCUCCAUAACAUCGUACGGUGCGGCACCUAGAGAUGCCCUUCGCGUGCCCAUUGGAAAAGGGUAGAGUAAACGUGAAACCGUGCCUUAACUAGCGUGGCAUCUUGCUGUUCUUUUCUUCCCCCGUCGGCUCAUCCCUUACUCCAUCACCGGGCGCGAAAUAAAGUAUCAUACUAGUGGCGUGGGAUAAAAAAACCCCCCCCGCCCGUGAAAGAAAAAGGGGGAAACGAUAUGAUACCUUCCAUCAAGAGAUCAAGAGGGGGCGUGCGAUCACGUGCCGAAUCCCGUCUCGCCCAUUCUCAGCACUGGUGAAGCGACCGAGAGUGCUAUGUGCUUUUUCGGAGGUAAGCAGGCCCGUGUGGCUAUACAUAGCCACAGGAGGGGGUGGAUGGAAAAUUCGAUUACUGCGGAGCAUUCGCGCGAGUUCCGUGCUGCACAAUGAGCUCAUCAUCCACCCUUGGACUGGACUACGAGUAAUAGUGUAUGAGGGCGCUUGCGGAACAGGCCGUCGGUAACUCGGGGCCCCCCGACAGAUUUUUCAAACUCACUAGAAUCCAGUACCGCAUUUAUUUUUGGAAUGGUUUGGGCUAGUGAGGCAAGCGCGCGAGCGCGCUUGUAGCGGUUGAUGCAGUAGUUUCCCUCCUUCGAGGGAGUGUCCCC